GGCGGCGGCGGCUCCAUGGCGAGGCGGCGGCCGGCCCCGCUGGUCUUGCCCGGCUGCCCGUACUCGGUGUCGGUGGUGCAGGAGGGCUACUGCCGGGCGCAGGCGGACGGCUCCACCCUGGCGGACGGGACGGUGUCGCUGGUGCUGGGCCCCCGCCUGACCCUGGUGGACACGGGCGGGCCCUGGGCCCGGGAGCGGCUGCUGGCCGGCCUAGCGGAGCGCGGGGUGUCCCCGGGCGACGUGGCCCACGUGGUGUGCACCCACGGCCACUCGGACCACGCCGGCAACCUCAACCUCUUCCCGCGGGCCGAGCUGAUCGUGGGCACGGACGUCUGCCAGCCGGGGGGGCGCUACCUGCCGACGGGGCUGCGCCAGGGCGGCCGCUACGCGAUCCACGCGGGGCACCUGGAGGUGCUGCCCACUCCGGGCCACACGGGGAGCGACGUCAGCCUGCUGGUGCUGGGCACUUCGCUGGGCAGCGUGGUGGUGGCCGGAGACCUUUUCGAGCACCAGGAGGACGAGGGCGAGUGGGCGGCCCUGAGCGAAGACCCCGCCCGACAGGCCGAGAGUCGGGCCCGCGUCCUGGCCAUCGCGGACGUCAUUGUGCCCGGCCACGGGCCCCCGUUCCAGGUGUUGAGGGAGGGAGCAGGUGGCGGCGCUCAAUAAAGGGGGUGGGGGUCGAGGCGAGCGGCUGGUCGAGCCCUCCUGCCUGGGGCGGUUGUUGGCCCCCAAAGCCGCUGGGGUCGGAGACUUCCAUCAGGACAGCCGCUCCCUCCGUGGCCGACUGAGGGGCACUGAAC